AUCGCACGUACUUUACACGGCCUUUCAACUCAAAUACGUAGUUUCCCACAAACGUGAUAAGGUAUUUUCUGGAAAGGUGGGCACUUUUUAUCUUUGGCCUCCUGAUGGAGAACCUUUCCCAAUAAAUCAAAAUCAACUUUUACAUUAUGGAAGGGGAUCGACCUUUCAAUGAUUUAAAUUCUUCUCACUGUACCAUAAGUGGAUAAGUCGCUGUGCCUUCAGUAAAAAUGUUUUGGAAAAUUACGCUUUUAGUAGUAGCAUCUAUUCAAAUUACGUUUUGUCAAAAUGUUAGUGGAAUUAUGCUACCGACUCAAUUGUUAAUGGGUGCAGGCACAUCUGCCUAUCAGGUUGAAGGAGCUUGGAAUGAGGAUGGUCGAGGUCUAAGUAUAUGGGACACUUUUGUUCACGACUAUCCCGAAAAGAUUGAAGAUCAUAGUACGGGAGAUGUUGCAAGUGAUACCUAUCAUAAAACAAAGGAGGACGUCGCUCUUCUAAAAAAUAUAGGUUUUCACUUUUAUCGAUUUUCGAUAUCAUGGUCAAGAGUACUGCCGAAAGGAUUUGAAAAUGAAGUGAAUCCAUUAGGCAUUGCUUACUAUAACACUCUAAUUGACGAGUUAUUGGCAAAUGGCAUUGAACCGGUUGUGACAAUGUACCACUUCGAUCUUCCCCAAACCUUGCAGGAUUUAGGAGGAUGGACAAAUCCUAAUAUCAUAAAGUGGUUUACAAAUUUUGCUAGGAUUCUGUUUGAAAAUUUUGGAAAUCGAGUUAAAAGUUGGAUCACUAUUAACGAACCGAAACAACUUUGCAGAUUUACCUAUGCCAAAGGAUUAAUAGCACCAGGCCUUGUUUCAGAAGGUUUAGGUGAAUACUUAUGUAUCCACUACGCAACGUUAGCGCAUGCCAGCGUUUAUCACCUGUAUUCGCGCCGCUUUAGAAGAUCUCAAAACGGAAAAGUCGGUUUAACCAUUGAUGGUUCUUGGUGCGAACCAGUAGAUAAAAAAGAAAGGGAUGCUGCCAGCCGAAAGAUUGCGUUUGAUAUUGAUAUGUUUGCCAAUCCAAUUUUUGGUCAACUUGGAGGUUACCCAGACUUUAUAAGUAAAUUCAUAGGUUACAAAAGUAAAUUAGAGGGCUACACAGAAUCACGUCUGCCAAAAUUGAGUCCCGAACAAAUAUCAUAUAUUAAGGGCACUGCCGACUUCUUCGGACUAAAUUUCUAUUAUACCACUCUAGCCAAAUCUGGACCUUCGACUCUUCUUAACACCAAAGAUAUGGACGUGGAGGAUCUUCCGGAACCGAACCCAAUUAAAAAUGUCAACGAGUCUAUUAAGUUAGCGGCCAUCGGGUUUAGGAAAGUACUCAGGUAUGUCAAAACAAAAUAUGGAAAUCCCGAGAUUUGGAUUUUGGAGAAUGGAUUUCCAACAACCGAAGAUAGUGGCUUGGAUGACCAGUCGCGGAUCAGCUACUUCAAGAACAGCAUACGGUCCGUAGUAGAUGCAAUAAAUAAGGAUAAAGUAAAUAUUCGAAGAUAUACUGUUUGGAGCAUUAUGGACAACUUUGAGUGGAAUAAGGGAUAUACUGUUAGAUUUGGUAUAUUUCACAUUAAUUUCACGGAUCCGUCCCGAGAACGAGUGCCUAAGGCCUCUGCCACUUUCUUUAAAACGUUACUUGCAACGAGAACGUUACCAACAGAAUAAAGAGAGAUAUAAAAUCGUGCAGGAAGGGGUUCUUUUUGGCAGCUGUAUCAUAAUAGUGACUUAGAUUUGUUCUAAAUAAUUUGUCAAUUCGAAACGGAUGGGCGUUAGGGAUAGACACUUUUGUAACUUCAUUUACGGUCUCAAAUUGGAUUGAUGAUCGCAGUACGCCAAAUGAAAAUUCUACCACGUGUAAAAUGUUGCGUUUUUAACGGAAAGGGAAUAAACGUGUAACGUGCUAAGGCAUCCACUGACGAUGUUAGAUGGUAUUAUAUAGAGCAUGUAUUAC